AUGGCUAGGCAACAUUUGAUCAUACUGGGCUUAGCAACAGUAUUAUUGAUUUAUGUGAAAACACAGACGCCAAUUUUUCCAGUUAGUUGUUAUCUCAAUGUUCUCGUUAUAUUGGAUCGUUCAGAUUCUGUCAAAGGUGGAUUUAAUAGAAGUCGAAAUUUUGUCGUCAAUGUUUCGGAGGAACUUGACAUUGGGCCAGAUACACACCGGGUAGCAAUGAUUGUAUAUUCUGGACUGAGUUAUCGUCGUGAAGUAUUCAAAUGGAAUUUUGCUAAAAACAACGAAGAAUUUACAAAAAUUGUGCUUGGUUUAAGAGCUAUUGGUGGUACAACAAAUACAAAGAAAGCAUUAGAACUUGGACUUGAAUUAAUGGAAACACGUAAUAAGUCAAUUCCUACUCUUAUAAUGGUUGUUACGGAUGGUCGAAGUGCAGAUGAUCCUAAAAUUCCAGCUCAACAAUUGCAACAAAUUCCGAAUACAUGGGUUUUUGCAGCAGCAACUGGUGAUCCUGAUGCUGUUGACAAAAAUGAACUACUUGAAAUAACUGGUAACAUCAAUCAUAUUAUAUUACAAAGCGGUCGAAAAUUAGCAGCUGAUAUUACGCGUAAAUUACUUCGACAAGCACAGGAAAAAUGUCGUACAACAACAACAACAACGACAACAACAACGACAACAACAACAGCUACUACAACUACAACUAAUCCAAUCUCAGGCUGUGAGCAGGAUGUGGUACUUGUUAUGGAUUUAUCAACAACAACCAAUCCUGUUUACCGGAAAUACAUAGAAAUGGCUGAAGAAUUGAUCAAUAGGCUUUUAAUUGGUCGACGAUUUAGUCGAAUUGCACUAAUAACAUUUAGCUCAGUGGGUAAAACAAGGACACAAUUUAAUUUAGACAGAUACUUCAAUGGAAAAGAUAUUGUAACUGCAAUCCGAAGAUUGGAAUCCUCAGGUGGUACAACUGCAGUUGGUGAAGGAAUUCGACUUGGAAUUGAACAAAAGGACAAACAACACGGUGGUCGACCUAAUGAAAUCGCAAAAAAAGCUAUGCUCGUAUUUACGGAUGGAUGGAGUAAUAAAGGACCGGAUGUUGAGGAGAUGAGCCGUAAUGCUAAAGGAGCCGGAUUUACUCUCUAUACCGUAGUUUAUGAGGGUGAUGGGCAUGUUGAUACGAAUAGUCCUGGAUUAAAUCUUUAUACCAUUGAAACGGUGGCAAAUGAUCGAAAACACGUCUACAGUGAACGCAAUUUCACGCAACUGAUUCAGGAACUUAGACAACGCAACUUACCAUGUAUAUAA